AGCAUGGAGUUCACAAUAACGAAGUUAAAGCGCUGGCCGCAGUUGACUUAGCUUGGAGCUUUUCUUAUUGUAACAAAAAUAUUAUUUAUAUUAUACAUAAAAAUUGACUAGGAGCGCUCGUCUCCGUGCCUACUGCCACACACACAUUUGACUUCGUCACUCGUCACUCAAUAAUUCACCUAAGCAAUGGCGUUUUGUCAAUAUCAACUACUUCUAGCAGUUUUACUGGUAGGUACAGGUUCCCUCAACACCUUGUGUACUAAUUGUGCCAACCAAAUGAUGUCUAAAGGAUCUGAUGGCGUAGAGCGACUAUUCGAUCAUCCAUUUUUACAAGCAGCUGCAAUGUUUGGCGGUGAAGCUUUAUGCCUAUUAGCUUUUAAAGUGGUUUACGUUUUGUCACGAAACUCUGAGCUAAAUGUUCUCACCAAAGGGAAUAGGAAUUUCAACCGGAUUAUACUUCUUCCUGCUGCAAUGUUUGAUUUGUUUAGUACUGCAGUUAUGUACAUUGGCCUUACCUACACCUAUCCACGGAGCUUAUUGAUGUUCCGAGGCUCUGUAGUUCUUUUUGUCGGAGUGCUCUCUACUGUAUUUCUACAUAAGCAUAUACUAUUAAAAGAAUGGCACGGAAUGGCACAUGUAAUGGUUGGUUUUAUGAUAGUUGGAGUGACAGAUGUUAUUUUUGCUUCGUCCAAAGACCACAAGGGGCAGAACAGUUUGCUAACUGGAGAUAUGCUUAUUAUAAUUAGCCAAGUGAUCGCAGCAUGUCAGAUGGUUUAUGAAGAAAAAUUUCUUUCCGAUUUGGACAUACCACCACUGCAAGCAGUGGGCUGGGAAGGCAUUUUUGGUUUCUUUAUGUUGUCAAUCCUACUAUUUAUUUUUUAUUGGGUGCCAGCCCCACAUCUCUUGGGCCAUGGGCCCAAUGGAACUAUUGGAGACGCCAUUGAUGGACUGGUUCAAAUUGGUAAUAAUCAUUUGUUGCUAUGUGCUGUACUGGGCUCGGUUAUAUCUGUAGCAUUGUUCUCAUUUGCUGGGAUCAGUAUUACCAAGAAACGUUCGGCCACUCACCGCAUGGUUUUAGAUUCGAUUAGAACAAUUGUGAUUUGGAUCGUGUCGGUUUCUGUGAAAUGGCAAGAGUUUUAUUCGUUACACAUUGUUGGGUUUGCCGUUCUUGUACUAGGCAUGUGCAAAUAUAAUGGCCUACUGACAUGUAACGAUAGAACAUAUGACGAUGAAGACGACGAUGACGAUUUGAGUGAUUUAAACAUUUAGGCAGUCUUGGCCCAAGUUUGUUCGUUUCUAAAGUACAAAAUUUUCUUUUAUUUUAACGAUUAAGCUUGAAACAACUGCCCCUUAUGUUAUUAUUUACACCUUUAGUUUAAUCUAUUUUUUACUUGUAAAUCAAAAGUUCUAAUGAGGUAUGUUUUUGCGAGUUCCAAAGAUAUUAAAUCUCUGAUAUUUUUUUCGUGUUUCGGACCUCUGUUAUCAUGCGUUUAAUUUAGUACUUGUAUUUUUUAAAGUGCUUGCUAUCCAUUUUCUUAACUCUCUAAUUUUGUUUACUAUGUAUUCAAAUAGAAAGGCUUAUUUAAAGGCAAAUUAACAUUUAUAAUUUUGUUAGACUAGUACCUAUAGGUACUCUUGUAUACAGAUACCGGCAAACUUUUUGAGCAUUAAACAAGGGAGUGGGGGAAAGU